CUCUCUCAGGCUGGCUGGAGCGCGGGGAGGGGCCCGGCGGGGCUGGCACUUCUCACGGGGUGUGUGACCCGCUCGGGUGCCAGUUGGAGAGGCUCCUUCACUUUGGCGAUUGCUCCACAGCCAUGUCCGAGAUCUGGGUUCUCUGGCCACUGAUAUUUACCUCCAUUGCUGGACCAUUGUCUAAAGGUGAUAAUUCCCAUGUGGCUGAUAGCAACUCUGAGAUGCUGAAAUUGAGUAAGACUAUUACUAAAAGGGAGAGCUGCGGUGAAGGCCUGUAUCGUGAGCACGAAUUUUGUUGUCAGCCGUGUCCUCCUGGCAAACGGAAAAGUGAUGAUUGCAAAAUUGAUGGAGGUGAACCAGAAUGUGUACUCUGUGCAGAGGGGGUGGAGUACACAGACAAGAACCAUCAUUCUUUUAACUGCAGAAGAUGUAGAGUUUGUGAUGGAGAACAUGGCCUAGAAGUGGAAAAAAACUGUACCCGGACCCAGAAUACCAAGUGCAGAUGUAAACCAAACUUUUUUUGUAACGUAUCUCUGUGCGAACACUGUAACCCUUGUACCACGUGUGAACAUGGAAUCAUUGAGAAAUGCACACCGACCAGCAACACCAAAUGCAGAGAGGUGUUCCAAUCUACAGGAUCCAGAUCUAACUUACUCAGUUUAUUGCUCCUCCUGAUCCUCAUUCCAAUAUCUGCAGGAAUAUACUGGGUGGUGAAAAGACGGCGCAGGAAUAGAAAGAAUGGUCACCAGAAAUCUAUCGCCUCAAAUACUGAAAUGAUGCCACUGAAUUUCACAGACAUUGACUUGGGAAAACAUAUCAUUAGUAUUGCUGAACAAAUGAAAAUAACUGAAGUUAAAGAAUUCGUUCGGAAGAAUGGUAUGGAGGAAACUAAAAUAGAUGAGAUCAAGCACGACAAUCUCCAAGAUACAGCUGAACAGAAAGUCCAACUGCUCCGUAAUUGGUAUCAAAGUCAUGGGAAGAAAGAUGCUUAUUGCACUUUGAUUAAAAGUCUCAGAAAAGCCAAACUUCAUGCCCUUGCAGAGAAAAUUCAAGAUAUAGUCCAGAAGGACAUUACUAGUGAACAUGAAAAUGCAGACUUGCAAAAUGAAAAUGAAAGCUUGGCUUAAAGUGAAAAACAACUAACUCAGUUCUAAGAAUAUACUAAAGAAAGAUUAAUGUUCGAAUAAGUUCUGGGUAGCUGCAAGCUAUAAAUAUUGCUUGGCUUUUUUUUUUUACUGGGUGUGUUUUCUUUUUUCAUUUAUUAGAUUUGUAGAGCUAAUAUGUUUACAGGCGUUGAGCAUCUCAUGGUUCUGCCUUCAAGGAUGUUUAAAAUCUAGCUGGGAAGACAGACACAGUUAAGAGUAAAUACAGGGGCAUGUCAAGUGCGCAAAAAAGAACGUAUGCAAAGGACAAAAGAUUUCAGAUCAUGUUCAAGUAUCUAACAUAUGAUUCUGUAAGUAUGAAUGUAAUUAACAUAUGUAAAUACAAAUGCCUAUCCACAGGCUGACCUCAUUCCAUAAAUCAGUAGAUGUGAUCUUUUGUUGUCCUGUCACAAUCAACUGGCUCUAAAUGACCUCCCCAGCUCCACUGAUAAUUCUAGAGAUUUUACCAUAUUUGUAAAUUUUGUUUAGUUUUGAGAGGAGCGUACUCAGGGAAAACUUACACAUACAUCUGAAUGUAGAAUAUAAUAAAGUUCUACCUCAAAGGUCUUUGCACAGAUUAUUGGCAUUUCAUGGUGAAAUAUUUCAAUUUUGAAUUCACAUAGAAAAUGCAGACUCAGUUAUAAUGCUUGGCUAUUUUAUAUUUGUUUGUCACUUUGGAUCAAAAUAAUCCACUUCUUUCUCAGGUGUCAAAACAUUUUGAUCAGGAAAGAAUUACUAGAUCAUUGGCACCUCUCCAUUUUCUCCUUGAUGUGCGUCUUGGUGGCCUGUGCACCCCCAGACUUGGAAGGACUGCCUAAGAAACACUUAACUGAUUCAUGCAAAGCUGGGACUGCCCUUGGAAACACCUAGCUUAGUUUGGAGAGACUAACUGGUCUUACGGAAGGUAGCUUUGUGGCAUAGCACGAACCCAUGUCUACCACCAAAGCUGAUAAGGUAGAUUCUUAUUUUGCUCCACCCGCCACAAAAUGUUCAGUAACUCCCCAUGUGUUCUCUCUUGAUGCAAAGGCAGCUUAUACAGAGCAAAAGUGAAAUCAUGUCAGGUUUCAGGAAUUGCUCUUGUUAUUUCCUGUAGCUUCUUAGACAAACAAGCCCCUUUCCCCACUACCACUUCCUUACUUUUACAUUAAACACUUUCGAAAGUUU